AUGCUUAUUAAAUCUGUUAAUCGCCUAAAUUCCCAUCCUAAGCGUGAACGAGAAAAUGGUGAUCCUUCUGUUAUUUCAAACAAGGAAGAAGGUGAUGUGUUUGAUUCUGAAAGGGAAUAUAUUGAAAAGUUGGAGGCCUUCGCAUCACAAUUGAGGCAAUUAAAUGAGAGGACACAUCCAGAAUUCUGCAAGGCUUCAAAAAGAAUCGAAAAUUGGCUUGCGGAUCAGAAACUUCGCAAUCAAAUUCUUCAUGAUUACAAAAUUGACGAAAUUCAUGGCCAGUAUGAACGCGAAAUUCGUACGUGUGAUCGCGACUGUGGAAUGGAAAAGAAGAAGAUUCAAGAAUACCUAAUUGGUCUAUGCGAAGAUUUGAAACGUCGACUAGAACAUGACAAAAAAUGCAUUGAGCUUACCACCACAGGCGAUGUGCUUGAAUUAAAACCAACUGUAACUCGUAAGUUGCGUCGUCGAGCACCUGAGGUACCAUCUUCUAUCGCUGGGUCGGGAAUUGUAAGCGGUUCUGGUGGUAGAUUUGGCUACUGGGGUGAUUUACAAUUGUAUGCACCCAGCUGGUCUGUUGCAAUCUUAAAUACUUCCACCAAGUCCGGCCUCGAACUGCCACCGAGUCCUUGCCCUACCACUGGUACAGGGCAGAAUGUCGAAGACGCUAUUUGUCGUGCCGUUGCUCCACCUCCCAGCACGUUUGGUAAUCUAUUUGGUAGCCUGGGUGUCAAUGUAGAAGACGGUAGUAGUCUCUUGACUCACCUGAUUGCCUCUAUAAAUGCCUCAAAUGCAGCCGGUAAUGGACACGGAGACUCCGGUGUCUUAUCCGCUUCCGGUGUGGUUUUUACUCAGUCUGCUCUGGCUAGCACCUUAGGGUGCAUUAGCAAUACUGGCUCGAACUCAUCUGCUGUGACAUCGGUUGCUGCUGUCAUUGUUCCUGGAUUAACUGGUUCGACCGGUCCUCAGCCGUCGAAACGACGAAAGCAGCAAAACAAUCAACCGCUGACCCAGUUGAGCCUACUUUUGCCAGAAAAUGAUAUCUACUCGGAUCUCACACUCAUACAUAGGACGUGCGGAAAGCCGCCUUUAAGCGUUGGGCUGAAAAAGCUCAAUCACGAGACCGGCGUAGGGGCUGGGGCAGCGGCACGUGGUGUUGCAGGUGCCAGCAGUCCCCUUGUAGUGAGUACUCGUGGUGAGGAGGCGCAUUCGAGACGACGCGGCGAUAACACAGAUAGCAGUCGAAGGGAUCAACACCAUCGACAUCACCACCAUCAUCACCAUCAUCACACCCAUCAUCACCAUGACUCCGCCUCCCGUGAGGGUAGUUCAAAUGGCCCUCUCAUCUGGAUCGAUGAUGGCCGUCUUUACAUUGGGCAGUCCUGUUACCAACAAGGAACUCCCGUCUAUCUGGAAAGUCACGGCUGCAACGGCACGGUGGUUGCGGUGGGUGCGCAGGACGUUUCCAUCAAGCGGAGCUCUGACACUGGUAUUAUGCGCAUCACCGUUCAGCAACUCAAACUCGGCCGUUACGUUCUGGCUCCGCUGCAGUCACGGUAG